AUGGCUACCACGGCUGUUGAUGUGAUCCCUCUGGACAUGGCCCCGGACUCCUUCGAUGACCAGUACCAGGACUGUGGCAAUAACAUGACCGAGGAAUUGCCGGCCCUUAACAACUCCGAGUUCCAUCAGAAUCCUCUUUUUGCCCAGGCCUGGCUUAAUGCCACUGCCAAGUGGCGAGGUCAGAAGUCCCCUGUGUCCUUUCUGUCAUCUCCAGCCCAGGCCAUUGCCCUCAUGGCCUACACGAUGGAUGAGCUGCACAGAGAGUUCAAUACAGCCGUGCGUGUGGCCGGGCGCUCCAGCCAGGAAUACCGGGACAAGUUCCACUUCAAAACACUGCAUUUCCUGCUGACCCAGGCCCUGAAGACACUGAGGGUCACUCAAGGACCGCAGUGUCACAACGUGUACCGGGGGGUGCAUGGGGUCAGGUUCGAGGCAGAGCCCGGUGACAUUGUCCGAUUCGGUCAAUUCUCUUCAGCAUCACAGAGUGAAAAAACUGCCAAACACAUUCGGAGUGCCACGAUGUUCCAGGUGUAUACGUGCCACGGUGUAGCAAUCUGGAAUUUCUCCAAGAAUCCUGACGAGAAGGAGGUGCUGAUCCCACCAUAUGAGACCUUUGAGGUCAUCAAAGUCAGCCAGGAAGGAGAAAGGGCAAGGAUCCAGCUCCGGUCCAAGGGGAACUUCAGCAAAUACAACUGCGAGUGGCUGCGAGGUGACACCACAGGUGGGAGCAUCCCCAGCACCGCCUUCCACCUCAGAGGACUCCUCCUGGCUGCCACAGCUCUGGUAGUGGACACCAGGAUCCUCUGA